AAUGUAAAACAAAUAAUCUAAUUAACUAUUUCACUCUACGCAUGACACGGGUCCCUAUAAUCUAAUAUUUCUUAAAAAUAAUAUAUGUUUAUAGUCCAAGUAUAGUUAUAAAUAUAUAGUAGCAACUAUUUGAUUGACUUAGCAUAUAAGUAUAUGUUUUUAUCAUGAAUUGCUGCAAAACAUUAUGCAAAUUUGUCUUUUUCCUUUGAACUUUUUUUUAAUUAAUAUUUGUUUUGAAUUCAAUGUCAAGUGUCAACUUAACUCCAAGAGAAUCCUGUCAGAAUGGAGUGAAAAUUACGUGUAAUAGUCAAAACAUUGAAUAAAACUGUAACAAAACCAAACCAGAAAGUGUUCACUUUCAAUUUAUUUGUAACCGCUACUUAAAACUACCACAAAGCACCAAAUCUAUGGGUUAGAUAAGAUACCUAAAUAUUUGCAUUCACUGGCUCAAAAUAACCUUUUUACAUAAAUGCCACUCUCAUACGUGUGUAAAACGAGUAAGAUGACCUUAUAUCUACCAAUCAAUUUCACAUUCUUCUCCAUCACAAACCAGUCAUGUCACCUCCAACACUAGACCAACUACACACUUACCAUGCCCAUGAAAGGGUGAUAUUCUCUAAACUGGUCCUACAAUUUUCAAGAUCACCAUCUCAAUCACUCCUUGUCAUGGCUACAUGGUUUUGGCUUGAAAACUUUGGUUUUGAAGACAUUUUCGCAACCAUCUUUGCUCUUCCAGAUCGACUCAUUGCAUCUUUUGCUAACGAAGCUGUCUCUUGCUUCCGAUGCAUCGAGUCCUCUGAUCCCCCAAAUGGCUUUGACCAAAUCCCUCUCACUUCACGAUAUUUGCAAAAAAACAUCUCACUUCCCAUGAUUUACAAAUAUCGAUACACCGCCAUUGCUGGUAUCAAAACCUUUCUAACCACCAUUUGUUCUAGAAUCUUUUCAGACAUCCUUGCACAAGUUCUUCCAUAUUCUUCACCACCAUAUUUCGUCCCCGGAUUCCACCACUCUCUGAUCAUACCUGGCUUCCCGCAUCCGACUUUCGGAAACAUCAACGUCAUGCGACCUGAUGUAGUUACUGGGGUUAACACCUUCAACAACAACAGCUCAUUCCCCUUCCCUAAGGGUCUUUGGGAGUGGAAUGAUCACUGCAUGGAAAGUGAGAAUGACCGAACCAUGUUUAUAACUUUUUCUCGUGGCUUUCCUGUGUCGCCGGCCGAAGUUAAGGCGCUUUUUACCCACAUGUUUGGAGAAAAGUGUGUGGUAGGCGUUUACAUGCGAGAAGACUGCGUAAGUUCACCUAACAUAGUUGCGUGUAACAAUGAUAAGCAACAAUCACUAUUUGCUAAGUUGGUUUUGGACUCGGUGGUUACGGUGGAUCGUAUACUAGAAGGUGAGAAGCUCCAAAAGUUUCGGAUCAAUGGUAAACACAUUUGGGCUCGUAAAUACAAUGAGAAGAAGGACGGACGUACUUGCUUCACCUAAAAAUCGAAAGAAAAUCUAAUUUUUCUUGUGUUCAUCUUUAUCUUUAUAUUAUAAUUUAAUAAUAAGAAAACAUAUGUAAUGCCUUAGCUCUUUAAUUUUAGACUUUCUCAUUAUGAAUGGAAUAUGUUUUCACAUAAUUUAGCAACGUCACUUCAAAUUUACUUUAAAAGAAGUGUAACACAACACUAUAUUGUGCAUGAACAUUUUCGGAAAAUACACUCGAAUUACUUUUCAAGUUAAUUUUCUUCCAAGCUUAUUAAAAAAUAUAAAAUUGUAUAUUUCAUAUAAUAUUUUUGUUUUGCUUUAGUAUUUACGUGAAUACAAUUAAACUACAUAAUAAAAUGUCACAAAACUAAUUAAAAUAAAUGAUAAAAUAACAUGAAUUGGCAGAUAUUUACUAAAUUCAAAUUUGGUACUCAUAUUUUAUGCAUGCACUAGUUUUUAUCCUUUUAAAAUACAGAUAUUACAAUAUAAAAUAAAUGACACGUCAUAAUAUUAUUGGUAAAGUUGAAAAAUUAUCGGUUGUAACUGGUAAAUAAAUAUUUGAACUACUGGAAUAAAAAAUAAAUGUAUUAAGAGGAAUGGAGUAUGAAAAAUGGAAUCGAUUCAUUCCAUUUAUUCAUGCACAAAUUUGUUAUGGAAUAAUUUUCUUUGUAUUUAUCUAUUUAUUUAUGGAAUUGACAAAAUGACUAUUCUAUUUUAUUCAUAGUAAACGAUAAAAGUGGAAUUAAUAGAAUCAAUCAUUUCAUAUCGUUUUAAUUUAAAAAUACAAAAAUUUGAACUAGUGGAAUAAAAUAAAUGGAUCAACAGAAAUAGAAUGUAAAAAUAGAAUCGAGUCAUUCCAUUUAUUCAUGAACAAAUUUGUUAUGUACUAGUUUUCUUUGUAUUUAUCUAUUUCUUUAUGGAAUUGACGAAACGAGUAUUCUAUUUCAUUCAUGGUAAACGAUAGAAAAAUUUGUGGAAUUAAUAGAAUUAAUUAUUUCAUAUCAUUUUAAUUUAAAAUACAAAUAUUUGAACCAGUAGAAUAAAAUAAAUGGAUUGACAGAAAUGGAAUAUAAAAAUGGAAUCGAUCCAUCCCAUUUUUUCUUGAACAAAUUUUUAUGUAAUAGUAUUCUUUGUAUUUAUCUCUUUAUUUACGGAAUUGAUGAAAUGACAAUUUAGUUGCAGCUAUCAUCUUCCACCACUUGGUUUAGUAGUAGUAGUAGUAGUAAAAUUAGUAUGGACUGUGCGCAACACAAUCGACGGAUAAAUAAUACAAAGAGACAAAACUUUAAUGUUAUUGUCAGAGAAAAAAACUAAAAAAAAAACAAGAUUCUCUAGGAAUAACAAUUUAAUGUUUAAAAGUUAACAAUUUUAAAAACAUUUACGUCUGUAGGGAUAAUAAAUGUGUUAUGAAAUAAUUUUCUUUGUAUUUAUCUAUUUAUUUAUGGAAUUGACAAAAUGACUAUUCUAUUUUAUUCAUGGUAAACAAUAAAAGUAGAAUUAAUAGAAUCGAUCAUUUCAUAUCAUUUUAAUUUAAAAAUACAAAUAUUUGAACUAGUGGAAUAAAAUAAAUGGAUCAACAGAAAUAGAAUAUAAAAAUAGAAUCGAUUCAUUCCAUUUAUUCAUGAACAAAUUUGUUAUGUACUAGUUUUCUUUGUAUUUAUCUAUUUCUUUAUGGAAUUGACGAAACGAGUAUUCUAUUUCAUUCAUGGUAAAUGAUAGAAAAUUUUGUGGAAUUAAUAGAAUUAAUUAUUUCAUAUCAUUUUAAUUUAAAAAUACAAAUAUUUGAACCAGUAGAAUAACAUAAAUGGAUUAACAGAAAUGUAAUAUAAAAAUGGAAUCGAUCCAUUCCAUUUAUUCUUGAACAAAUUUUUAUGUAAUAAUAUUCUUUGUAUUUAUCUCUUUAUUUACGAAAUUGAUGAAAUGACAAUUUAGUUGCAGCCAUCAUCUUCCACCACUUGGUUUAGUAGUAGUAGUAGUAGUAGUAAAAUUAGUAUGGACUGUGCCCAACACAAUCCACUUAUAAAGAAUACAAAGAGAUAAAAGUUUAAUGUUAUUGCCAGAGCAAAAAACUAAAAAAAAAAGAUUCUCUAGGAAUAACAAUUUAAUGUUUAAAAGUUAACAAUUUAAAAAACAUUUACGUAGGGAUAAAAAAUGUGUUAUGAAAUAAUUUUCUUUGUGUUUAUCUAUUUA